GAUGGGGGUUUACUGCAGCACCGCCAGAGCCGCAGUCUCGGACGCUCCAGAGAGAGGAGCUGCUCGCCGCAUCCCAAGGAACUGUGGGGACGACAGCGCAAGACACGCGUCACCUGCGGCGUCCAACUAGCGGAGCAGUGCGCAGCACAUGUGGCCCAGCCUGACAGCUGUCGACUGAUUGGAUCCGGGACUUUUAAACCCAAAGUCCUCAGAGGGGAGCCCAGUGAGACGCGGAUCAAGUGACUUUGCUGUGUCCCCACCCAAGCAGGCAUGAGCCGUCGGGUUGUGCGCCAGAGUAAAUUCCGGCAUGUUUUUGGGCAGCCACUGAAAGCUGACCAAUCCUAUGAGGACAUCCGGGUUUCCAAAGUGACAUGGGACAGUUCCUUCUGUGCUGUGAACCCCAAAUUCCUGGCCAUCAUUGUGGAGUCUGGAGGUGGGGGGGCCUUCCUAGUUGUGCCUCUUUCUAAGACAGGAAGAGUGGACAAGAAUUACCCGCUGGUGGCUGGUCACACAGGCCCAGUCCUGGAUAUUGACUGGUGUCCUCACAAUGACAACAUUAUUGCCAGUGGCUCUGAAGACUGCACCGCAAUGGUGUGGCAGAUUCCCGACUCAACUCCACUACGACCAAUCAUGGAACCAGUUGUAACACUAGAAGGACACUCCAAAAGAGUGGGCAUCAUCACUUGGCAUCCCACAGCACGUAACAUUUUACUAACAGCAGGGAGUGACAAUGUGAUAAUAAUCUGGAACGUUGGGACUGGAGAGCAUCUGAUUACAAUUGACAACCAUCCCGACCUAAUCUAUAACGUGAGCUGGAACCGCAAUGGUAGUCUCUUCUGUACGACCUGUAAAGACAAGAAGGUGCGGGUUGUUGACCCCCGCAAGCAAGAGAUUGUUGCGGAAAAAUUAAGUCCCCAUGAGGGGAUUCGGCCAAUGAGGGCCAUCUUUACCCGUGAUGGCAGCAUCUUCACAACCGGCUUCACACGAAUGAGCCAGAGGGAGCUGGGACUCUGGGACCCGGUGAAUUUUGAUGAGCCAAUCGCCUUGCAGGAGAUGGACACCAGCAAUGGGGUCCUGCUGCCUUUCUAUGAUCCAGACACCAACAUUGUCUACCUCUGUGGAAAGGGGGACAGCAGCAUCCGAUACUUUGAGAUCACUGACGAGCCACCGUACGUCCAUUACCUCAGCACAUUCAGCAGCAAAGAGCCGCAGAGAGGAAUGGGAUUCAUGCCUAAGAGAGGCUUGGAUGUCAGCAAGUGUGAGAUCGCCAGGUUGUACAAACUUCAUGAGAGAAAGUGUGAGCCAAUCUCCAUGACAGUCCCUCGGAAGUCAGACCUCUUCCAAGAUGACCUCUACCCUGACACUGCAGGUCCUGAGCCUGCUCUUGAGGCCCAGGAUUGGCUUGAGGGCAAGAAUGCUGACCCUUUGCUGGUAUCUCUCCGAGAUGGCUACAUACCUCUCAAAAACCGAGAACUAAAGGUCGUCAAGAAGAACAUCCUGGACAGUCGGCCGGCACCCCGGCGCAGCAUGUCCACUUGCGACGGGAACUUUGCGCACCAGGUCACCCUAGAGAAGCUGCUCGAGGAGAUUCACUCCCUGAAGGUCACAGUUCAGUCUCAGGAAAAACGCAUCUGCGAUCUAGAGAACAAGCUCUCCAAAUUUACCAAUGGCACUGCCUAGGCUGACACUCCACCCCUUCCUGUCCCACCUCUCGUUUCAUAUCUCUCCGUCUCUCUUGCACCCUCAGGGUGGUUCACAAGUCUGGAAGGUGCAGGCUGUUGCAAUCAGGUACAAUCUGGGGCUCCGCCUCCAUGAUGACAUCACAGGACAUUUCCAGCCCACCAGAGGGCACUGCAGAUUCAUACUGUUUUGGCAGAAGGCCAGUUAUAAAAUUUCACCUUUUCAUGGAGUUAGCAGACCUCUGACCUGCAGCCAAUCAGGACACUGAGCCUCUCCUGACCCCAGCAUAGUCCACCUUGAGAGGCGCCAAGAACAUUCAUCAUAAUGAUUUCUCAGAGAGGACUUACACUUAGUGCUGAGCAGUAACAAAAUAACACAAAUUCAAACCCAAUUGUUUGCACUUUUCCUGGAGAUCAGAGUUGCAAGUUGUUCUUCCUUUCCAUUUUUUUCUUUCUUCCCCUUUACUUUGGUUUGUGCCUUUUUUAUUUUUUUCUUUAACGUUUCCCAGCCCGUUUCUGUUCCAGCAUUCCUGGAAAAAGCAGAGAGUGUCAAAACGGGCAAAGAACCGGCACCUGCAGUCACUGUGUCUCUUUGCUGACUGCCACUGCCUGGGACUCAAUCUGCUUGUUAGGCUUUUGGUUGGUUGGUUUUUAUUUUAUAGAAAAAAUAAAUAUAAACAAUAAAUCAUGUAUGUAAAAAAUA